UACCCACGACCUGAGCGACGGGGCUGGCGGCCACAAGGGCGGGGAGGACGAGAGCGGCGGCGCGCAUUUUGGCUGGUGAGUGAAGAUCGAAGAAUCGAGGUUAUUGAGACCCGAGAGAUGAGUUGCCUGGGGAAAAGCUGGGAAGAUUGCUGUGCUGAUGGAAGGAAAUCUGAAUCGCCAUGUCGACGGCGGCCCUCGAUACUUAUACUCGUCUGUUCACGUUUCCCGGUUCCCGGUCCCAGGCCCCUUUCGCCGUGGACUUGUCCCUCCCCCCCCGUUCCUAGAUCCAAACGAUGGCAUAUCUUGGGCGGCGAAGGCUAAGUCGUGUCGAGGCAAGAGGAUUCCCUUGGCGUUCAUGGUCUGCCUCGUUAAUUUGGUUCCCAGAUUGAUGCAGCCGCCUCCCAUGGCGCCAACAUGGCUCAUUCUCGGUACCGUCUCCUCCUCUCGGAAGCCGCCAGGGAUUGCAUCGGGCGUGUAAACAAAGACUUCGUUCGUGUUCGGCCGGGGGCAGAUGUUCUGGCGUCUAUUCUCAGCCCUUAAGGUCGCGGCGGUCAAAUUUACGGAUGAAGUGAGGAUAAAUGAAACGCA